UCGCAAAAAAUACUCAUUUGAAAAGUGAAUUGAACAAAAUGAAAGAAUAUAUUCAGAAUCGUGAAUCUGAUUUAGUCGCAAAAAAUACUAUUUUAGAAGAAUUAAAUCAAGAAGCUGAAUUAAGGUUGAUGACGAAAUUUGCUGAAAAUCAAAGAUUGGUUGCAUAUUAUAAAUAUUUGUUUAAUAAUGGCCAAAAGCCAUCAAAUGAAGAUUUUGAAAAAUUGAAAUUAAUAUUUGAUAAUUUAGAAAAUGAAACGCAACAAAAAGUUUAUCAAAUAGGAUUAUAA